AUGAAGACAGAAGAGCUAGUUUUUGUUCCUGCACCAGGAAGAGGCCACAUGGUAUCCAUGAUGGAGUUCGCCAAGCGCCUUCUUGAAAGAGAUGAACGCAUAUCAAUAACUGUUCUAGUCAUAAGGCUGCCUACUCCAUCUAAACUUGAGUCAUACGUCGAAGAAUUGGCCGCCGCCAAUUCUAAUAUCCGAUUCAUUGACCUCCCUUCUGUUGAUCGACCAUCUCCAGAGUUGUCGAGCUCAAUAGAGAAGUUAGUUUCUGUUUACAUUGAAAAGCACAAACCGCUCGUUCAAGAUGCUAUUAUCAACCAUGUUUUGUCACAACCAAGUACUCAUCUUGCCGGGUUAGUCAUCGAUUUGUUUUGUACUUCAAUGAUUGAUAUAGCUAAUGAGCUUGGUGUGCCUUCCUAUGUUUUCUUCACAUCAAGUGCUGCUUUUCUUGGGCUUAUGCUUUAUCUCCCAGUUCGCCAUUCCCUGAAGGGGACUGAAUUUAGCAUUUCAGAUCCUGAUUCAAUCAUACCUGCCUACACCCACCCUGUACCCUCAAGAGUUUUACCAUCUUUUCUGUUUGAUGAGACUGGUGGCUAUGAAUCAAUGUUAUAUCACGGUACACGGUUCAGAGAGGCAAAAGGAUUGAUCAUAAACACAUGUGCAGAGUUAGAACCACAUGCAAUUAAGUCUCUGGAGUCAGAUAAGGAAUUAGCACCAAUUUAUACUAUUGGGCCUGUGCUUAACUUUGAGCUCGAUAAGAAUCCUGACUUCGAAAAGAUUAUCAAAUGGCUUGAUGAUCAGCCCUCUUCAUCUGUGCUUUUUCUCUGUUUUGGAAGCUUGGGAGGUUUUGAGCCUCCCCAGCUAGCGGAGAUGGCGGCUGCUUUGGAGCGAAGUGGAUAUAGAUUCUUGUGGUCGGUACGGGCGCCGAUGCCAAGAGACUUCAGGACAAGGCAAAUUGAGUAUACCAAUUUUUCUGAGAUUCUGCCAGAAGGGUUUUUGGAACGAACAAAGGACAAGGGAUUGGUGUGUCGUUGGGCGCCACAGUUGGAUGUCUUAGCUCAUGAAGCAGUUGGGGGCUUUGUAUCUCACUGUGGGUGGAAUUCUAUACUGGAAAGCUUGUGGAAUGGUGUGCCAAUUGCGACAUGGCCUGUAUAUGCUGAACAACAAUCUAGUGCGUUUCAGUUAGUAAAAGAUUUGGAAUUAGCCGUGGAGUUGACCUUAGACUACCGCUUUAAGAAUCCUGAUAAGCUUGUACCGGCCAAGGAGAUAGAGAAGGCCAUAAGGUGUUUGAUGGACAGUGAAAAUCCUGUGCGAAGGAGAGUUAAGGACAUUGGACGGCGGGCUAGAGAAGCACUGAUGGAUGGUGGCUCUUCUUUCAUUUCACUUGGACGAUUCAUUGAAGAUCUUUUGGCAAUUCAAAAAUGACAAAUUUUGGUGAAUCCCGCUUAUGACAAUCCAGAAAAUUCAAUGGUUUCUGAACCAGAGAAGUACACUUUCAGAAGCAUUUGUACUCAGUCUUCAAUGAUUAUUGCUAAUUGCCUUUGCAUUGAAUGCAAAUUCUAGAAGUUAGCCUAGUCCAUUUCCAUCUUACAACGGCAUUUUUAAAGAUGCUUAAUACCAGUGUAAGCAUGCGAUUAUGGAUGGAAUAUCAACUUAGGCCAUGUUUGGAUUGUA